UCAGACGAAACCAAGCUUACAGAUUGAUUCCGAUUUCUUAUUGCCGCUUUCAUACUCAGUUCCGUUUCAAAUUUCAUCGAUCGUUUCAACACAAUGGCAUAUCAGCAAGAUCCAUGCGCCAACCCAACGCGUCAGACUGGCAAGACCGGAGGCCAGACCGACCAGUAUGGAAACCCAGUCCAUCAAACCGAGGCCUUGGGCGCGUAUGGUGCGGGGACUGGCACCGGUAUGCAUGGUGGGGAGCAUCAGCAGCAGCCCCACCAACAACCCGGCGUGCUUAAUCGCUCCGGCAGCUCUUCAUCCGAGGACGAUGGGCAAGGUGGGAGAAGGAAGAAAGGGAUGAAGGAGAAGAUAAAAGAGAGGAUACCGGGCAUGGGACGCAAGGACGAGCAGAAGCAAACGAGCGCCACAAGCACGCCGGGGCAGGGGCAGCAACAGAAAGGAAUGAUGGAGAAGAUCAAGGAGAAGCUGCCUGGGGCCCACUAGGUGUGUCUGGAAAUGAAGGGGACAUGUUCUAAUCGUUUGUAACUGAAACGCGAGUCUAGGUCCAUAGGUCAUAGGUGAAUGGGUGAUGCAUAAGCGUUUGGCUAUGAACCAGACGAGUCUAAAUUGAGUUAAUAAAUUGCUGGACUGCUACUAUAUGCAGCCCCGCAUCAGCUUUCUGCUUUCUCAAUGUAGUCGCUGUAUGUCUGUCCUCUUCGUAUAUUAGUAACUGAGUGCUUAUUAAUGCUACACUUAAGUUGUCAUUUCUCAUAAACUA